AGUGCACUCUCAGCACAUUGCUCCGAAAAUCCCAGAAGGAGAGCGAGUGGACUUUGAUGACAUCCACAGGAAGCGGAUGGAAAAAGAUCUGCUGGAGCUUCAGACGCUCAUCGAAGUCCACUUUGUCCAGAGGAAGAGAGAAGAGGAGGAGCUGAUCGCAUUGAAAGAGAGAAUUGAGAACCGCAGAGCUGCACGGGCCGAGCAGCAGAGGGUUCGAGCGGAGAAAGAGAGAGUCAGGCAGACAAGGAUUGCAGAAGAGCGACAGAGGAAAGAGGAGGAGGAGGCAAAAAGGCGGGCUGAUGAUGAGGCAAAGAAGAAGAAGGUCCUGUCCAACAUGGGAGCUCAUUUUGGAGGAUUUCUAGCUAAGGCAGAGCAGAGGAGACGAGGGAAAAGACAAACGGGGAGAGAGAUCAAGAGGAAGACUCUAGCCGAGAGACGCAAACCUCUCGCUAUUGACGACCUGAGAGAGGACGGCCUGAGAGAGCGGGCUAGAGAGAUGUGGGAAUGGAUCUACCAGCUGGAGUCGGAGAAGUUUGACCUCACUGAGAAGAUGAGGAGACAGAAAUACGAGAUAGUUGUACUUCUCAAUCGCAUCUUCCACGCUCAAAAAUUUAAGAAGGGGACGGGAGGCAAGGGCAAAGUGGGAGGGCGCUGGAAGUGAAGACGCAACGAAAAACACAGUAUUUAAUGCAUGGAAUUUAUACGGCAUGAACGGUGCUGAAGCUUGUUGCUUAAAAUGCCGUUUAA